AGUUUCAAGGUGAUUGAUAAUUUUGCCGAAUAUUAUUUUUUUAUAUUACAUCAACGGUUUUGAUUCCAAUUAAUUUUAGAAUCAAAUGUGUAAAAAUUUCUACCGUUUCACGUAAAUUAUGGUGUCAUAUUACUUAUUCAGUGCUCGUAAAUUUUGUGCAGCUGGUUACUUGUAAGGUUUGCCAUAAAAACAAUUAUGUCGUGUUAGAGAAAGCAGGACCCUACAGGGGUCUGGCGAAGCCGACCUCUGUCCUUGAUUUGCUCAUCUUAGAUUAAAAGUGUCAUAUCUACAUCGUACCUGCUAAUUAGUCUAUAUACAGUUUGUAUACUAUUAUAUGAAGAAAUAAUUAUUAUUUAAAAUGAGUAAGGCACAUGAAGCUGAUUGCACAAUUAAGUGUAAGUCUAGAAGUCACGGCCAGAUCAUAACAAGUGCUAUCACUAAGAGAUCUACAAGUGAUGUAUCUCUUGCAAGUUUUAUUCGAGCAACUUGCAGCAAUUUUACUAAGGCUUUUGAUUUUGAGGGCCGAACAGCUCUACAUAUGGCUGCAUCGAGAGGUAGAAACAAGCUUAUGCAAUGGCUUAUAAAUCAUUCAUCAGAAGCAUUUGUGAAUGCUAAAGACAGGGAGUCUGGAUACACACCAUUACAUAGAAGUAUAUUUUAUGGACAAGUACAUACUGCUGUUGCUUUAAUGAAAAUAGGAGUAUAUCCAGAUAUUUUAGACAAAGAUGACUACAAAGCCUUAGAGCAUGCAAUGCUUGACCGACAAUACAUCUGUAAAGUUGAGAAUGAAAUGCCUGGUGAUGUAUAUGUAUGGGGAAGCAACACUAACUAUACCUUGGGUACUGGAUCACAGCAGCCAAAAAAUGUGCCAGAUCUCCUUUCUUGCUUCAGUAGAAGUAAUGAAAAUGUUAAGCAAGUCUGCUUAGGGAAAUUCCAUAGUGUGUGGCUGUGCGCAUCUGGAUCCGUCUGGUGCGCUGGGCAACCGGCACGUGCCGGUGGCUCUGCGGCUACGGCGCUUCGCCCCACGCUGUUGAGACUACCGGAGCCCUGUAAGGAGAUAGCGUUGACGCUGACGUCUACAGUUUUCUUGCUGCAGAGUGGCUCGAUGAUCCAAUACACCUUCAACAGUUCAGACAAUACAACAUCAACGUCCAAAGUGGGAACAACAAAAUAUCAAAUCUCUCAUCCAAUUGGAGUUUGUGCGGGACGGUCCCACGUUGUGCUUUGGAAUGCUAAGGGUGUGUACACAUGGGGACAAAAUGUGGGACAGUUGGGACAUCAGGAUAAAUUGGUGCCGACACCAAGAAAGGUAGCGAUAUCUAUGAAUAGUAAAGAGGAGACAAAGUUUGAACUUGUGGACGCGUCGGAUGCUGCAACGGUGGUCACGACCAGCCGCGGAGAUGUUUAUUUGCUGCAUAAAUAUAUUUGCAAGAAAAUCGCUGUCAAGCAAAUAAAUCUUAGCCAAGUGCGCGUGGAAGCGAAGGUGAGUGAGGCGGGGAGCUAUUCUCGAGUCACGGUUCUUUUGCUUACAAAUGUUGGCCAGUUGAUGAUAUGGCAGGACACAAUUAAUAAACUGACAAGGUGCGUGUUUGGCCUCAAUCACCAGAUAAAAAUAACACAAAUGGCACUGACAUACGACGCUCUGUACUUCACAACUAAAUAUGGUGAAGCGUUCAUUGGUUAUAUGUCUCGUAAAACUCCGUCAAAGAAGGAGGACACGGCCUCGAAGAGGGAGAAGGACGGCAAGUCGAUUGUCAAUAGUUUAGAAAGAGACGACUACACGUCCGUCAAGAUCGUCAAAAUACCUAACGUGCAUAGAGCCACGGCGAUAUCUGUGGACUGCGAGGGACUUAAUUUUGCCUGUAUACAGAAUAAACCAACUUGCGGGCUACUAUCAGUACCAGAACUGUCGCCAUCUUGUCUCUCCAAGCACAUGGAAUCUUUAUUUGAGACAGCAGCCAAUGAUGACAUCUUACACGAUGUCACCUUCAAGGUUGGUUCGAAACUUUUCCCCGCACACAUGUUUAUUAUAGCCUCAAGUAGUGAACUUUUAUAUAAACUAUAUCAAGAGGCAACACUAAUUGAUGAAAAACCUAUAAUUGUAUUGGACAAUGUUCACCCUGAAGUAUUUGAAAGGAUCUUAAAAUAUAUGUAUACGGGAUCAUGCGAUGUUGCCGAGUUGGGUCCGUGCAGUUUGAAGAUAAGGAAGGAAGAUUUGAUUCCAUAUAAGAAAGAAAGAGAAGUCGAUAUUGAUAAUACAGAGGUCAUUGAAAAUCCAUCUGAAGUAUCGGCUUUUGAGGUAUACAAACAGCAAGAUAAGAGGAAAAAUAACAAACGCCGUCAAAACAAUACAAACAUACAAACACAGAGGCUGUACUGUGAUCCUGUUAAAAUGGUACAGGCGUCUGCUAAGAGGUUACAAGUCAUGGGCCUACAUAAACUUCUUGAGAAGUACUACUAUAAAAACGGUUCAGUAUGCCUCCGAGACAGUGCUACAUACACUAAAAAUACAAUGACAUGGGAUAGACAGACAUAUCCCGAAUUAGUGGAUACAAAUGUAUGCUCAAAAGAUGGUGUGCAUUUAUCUGCGCAUAAGUGUGUGUUAGCCGCUCGCUUGGAGUAUUUUAGUGGAAUGUUCCUGCAUUCUUGGACUGAGAGCAAAAUGUUAUCAAAAGUAACUAUACCAAUAAAUCACAGUAUACUUCUGCCUGUUAUAAACUUUCUUUAUACAGACACAUGUCCCGAAAUAGAUAGAUCGGACAGCAUAGACUUCAUUUGCAGUAUGCUUAUUGUCGCUGACCAGCUUUUCAUUGGUAGAAUUCGUGAAAUGUGUGAAGUUGCACUUGCCAACCUUGUGACAUUAAAAAACUGUGCAGAACUAUGCCAAUUUGCACACACCUAUAAUGCAACACAACUAAAACAAUACUGCAUGGAGUAUGUUUCUCUAAACAUAGCUAAUAUUCUUGAAAACCGGACUUUAGAUCUUUUAGAGGACGAAUUACUGGAGGAUAUAAGUAAAUACUACUGCAAAUUCAAUCCUAUUAUGUCAUCAAGAAUUAUAACACCAUUCUCCAUUGCCCCUACUGAUGAAAUGGUAGAGGAAAUUGCUAAAAAUUUCUCCAUAGAUUUAGAUUUCAUAGAUGAAGAGUAUAUCAAAGAUACAAGUAUUGUUGAAGUACCGACAAAAACAAGCAAAAGAGCAAAGUCCAAGAAAAUUGAAUAUACAGAGAAUGAGAAAGCUAGAAUGCGAUAUGAAUCAGUCAGUUCUGUAUCGUCUGACCUUAAUGAUUCGGGUGAUAUAACAUUGUCUCUAAAGGAAAUUUCUAAAGAAAGUGACAAGUCACACAGCAAUUGGACGCAAGUGUUGUCACCACAACAGAAACUAGUACAGGCUCGUUUAAAAGCAAUAUCUUCUGCGAGAGACAUCAUGAAUGAAACCCCAAUAAAUUCGUUCACAAAAUUGACAAGGAACUCACCAGUUGACACACCAAGUACAUCCCAACUAUCAACAUCCCCAAAGGAACCAUUUAUUGACCAUAGCCGGAGUUCUCAUACAAAUUUAGUUAUAAGCCAUGUUGGUCCAAAAUUGUCCCAAAAACAAAGAAAGAAAUUGGCAUCCAUGGACAACCAGACUCCGCAGACCUUAGACGACUAUCUGGUUAAUAAGUUAAUUAUUGGGUCGCCCCCUGAUAAACCAAAAAAUCCUUGGAAAAUUUGUGAAGCUCCAAUUGCUAGCAGCAGCCCAUGCAAACCUAAAAGUCUGGAAUUUAAUCAAAUCCUUGCUGAUCAGAAAAAACAAAAGGAUGAUUCUUCACGGAUUAUGACUAAAUCUUUGACAUUAACGCAGCUUGAAGAUAAAGCAAUUGAAGAAUUAGAAAGAUUCUAUAACAUACAUGAAGUAGAUGAUGAAUAUAUAACUGUAAGGCGCAUUGAGCUUCAGGUGUCUUCACCACAGUGGAUUAACACUGCCCCAAAGUGAUAUUGAUGUGUUUUUUUACAUUUUACAAAUUGACAUAAAAUUAUGAAAUAUAAUUAUCAUACUAUU